AUGAGUGGCAAGGAGCCUGGUUCUGUGGUGGCCCCUGAGCCUCGUGAAGCCACAGAUCUUGACUCCACCUUCGGAAGAAACGACCUCAAAAAGCGAAGCCGGUCGAACAGCAUCGAUAGUCAAGCCACCCAUUCAAAGUCAACCUCCGCAGACAACACUGACGAUGAAAAUGACAAGGAUAGUGUUAAGCAUGAUUUCCCACAGGAAUCCUGCGCCAAGUCAAGCGAGCCGGUGUCGCACAAGCAAGAUGAAUCUGGUGACGAAGACGCCAUGAGUUCAAGCUCGAUAUCCGAAGAUGAAGACCUGGCUGCCUGGCUCCAAGAGCAACCCAAGAAAGUUAACGUCAAAUGGAGUGACUACGAGGCAUUCAAAAAUCGCUUUUCUCCAGAGGAGGGACACGACAUCGUAGAGGUCCUGGAAGGCCCCCCGGACCAGUUAAGGACGGAGAUCAUGCACGAACAUGACUGGGACGACGAGCCGCUAGUUUUCUUGCGCCCUUUUCAGACCUUCUACUACUCAUUGCCGUUUGCAAAACAUGUUGCGAAGAUGUUGGAGCAGCGUUUAAAUGAGGGACAGAGCCAUGACGGAGAAGUGCCUACUCACAAUGGUCCACUGCCACGAUCAGAGGACGUUUCGUCCAUCGAUAUCGAAGAUCCUUUGCAGAAACUAAGCAUGCCUUCAAACAUGGACAUUGAAGAUAUUAUUUACGGCCUUCUCGACUUCAAGUCCGGCCCAGAAAAUAACCUGACGGCCGUGGAGCAUAUGAAGCUGUACAUCGACUUCGUGGAAAAGCACAUCGUGCCCAUGUUGGAUGAGGCGAGAGGAUCAUCCAAGCACAAAGUACGGUUCUCUGACCUGCCCAUGUAUUUUCGCCCCGGCGAUAUUUUGUACGAGCCCCUAAAAUCCGGAGAAAACAAGAACAAGACUGGCAAAGCCGGUUCCGACGCUGCCGGGAGCCAGGGGCUGGCUGUCCACCACAAUUACUGGAAGCUCUGCUGGGCUCAAUUUCAAGAACCUAGUCCUGGCCCGGGAGACAAGGCAAAGAAAUGCCAUAUUGGUAUGCGGAUGUUGGACCACAACUUCAAAGUGAAUUCAUUCCACAUCGAUUUCGAUGGCGACGACUACGGACCGGCGCCCGGUGAAUCGAUUAUCGGCCUUUACGAAGGGGAAGUGGACAUAAAAAGCUUGACUUUUUACCCUCUCCGAUUCGAUCCCGACGCGGCCCAGAAGACGAAGGAGCUCACAGCCCGUGCUAAGAACUUCAGGUCUUAUGUACGGGAGAGGCACUUGUCCUACGACGGAUGGACGUUGAUCCAUACGACGUAUGCCAGAAGAUUCAGCGAGAACCAGAGAAGGAAGCGUGUAGAACAUAUUGAGGGCGAAAUCAUGAUUGACUUCAAAGAGGUCUUUGACUUCGAUCCGGAACACCUAUUACUCUUCCCUCAGCGCCUGAUCGCAUAUUCCUUCCGAGCACGUAAGUUCUUCGUCCCCAACAUCGACUUCAUCAGUGUGAUCACGGCGCCCAAAGGCCCCUUUAGAGACUUGAAGAUUGAAAGUGAGCACUGUUAA